AUGAUGCCGUCGCGGCGGCGGCUCCUUCCUCUGUGCAGCCGCCUCGUCAGCGGCCGUAUCCUCCACCUCCUGCUGGCCCUCGCCGGCAGCAUUGCGCACGGCGACCGGCGGCGUUGCCCUGGGUGGUCUGUUGUCCUCGCGGUCUUCUUCCCGGUUGUCGUUAACGACGCUCCGGUCAUCAUCAUCUUCUUCCUCUUCUUCCUCUUCCUCCUCGUCUUACGGUUCUUCCUAGGCGUUCCCGCGUCGUUGGUCAUGGAUCUCGUUUUCGUCAAUCGUCACCCGACCCUUCCUGCUGGUACAACAAUGGCAACAAUGGCAUCCAACACAAUAGGGAAAGAGUCAGAUACUCAGAUGCGUUUAUUUGGAGGACGUCUUGUGAUGACCAUGAAAAGGCGCAAGGCGCCGGACGGGACCGCGGAACCCUGCUCGGGGGUCGGCUGCGGUGAUCGCCUCAGCAGCCUUCCCGACGAACUGAUCGGGCGAAUCCUCUCCUUCCUGCCCACCCUGCAAGCCGCGCUCACGGCCCAGAUGUCGCGGCGAGCCUGGGCGCACGUCUCCGCCCUGAACCUGUCGGUCCGGGACUGCGUGCGGAGAGGGAAAGGGCCCCGGUUCUGCGCCCUCGCCACCGCGGCGCUCGCCCGGUUCCCGACGCCCGGCAUCCCCGCCAUCUCCGUCGAGGUCCACCACCACAUCUACCUCGUCAAUGAGUGCUGGGCGGCGCGGCCCCUGGACGAGUUCCUGGCGUCGUGCUGCCGCCGGCUGAGGACGCUGCGGCUGCGCCGCGUUAGGGGGCACUCCGUGCGCCGGCUCGCCCUCCGCACGGGCGUGCUCGAGGUGCUCGACCUCGACACCGUCGACGACUUGGCAACCCUGGACGUGGUGGCCGCCAAGCUCCGAUGCCUGAGCGUGAGCUCCUGCUUCCGCCUCGCAACAGACGGCGACGGCGGCAAGGUGACCGUCUCGGCGCCGCGGAUCGAGGCGGUUUGCUGGUACCGCAGCUACCCGGAGCAGCUCACCUUCCGCGACAGCGGCCUGGCACACGUCCGCCGGCUCGCCAGCCCGCUCAAGAUCCUGACGUUCGGACGGUGGGACCAGUUCGACGCCCCGUACACCACGCAGCUCCUGCGGUCCUGCGCCCUCGCCGUCGACCAGCUCGACAUGGAGCUCGUGGUGCCGGACGAGAUGGCUCUGCUCAACUGGCUCGGCGACCCUGCAGAGGCGCGCGCGACGUGCGAGGACGCUGCCCUGUGUUCGCGUGCUCUCGCUGAAGAUCCGGUGGGGGUUCGGCGGCGGCGUCACGCCACGCCUGGCCUCCUUCCUCUCGCGAACGCCGAGCUUAACGAGGCUCCGCAUCGAUGCGAGCCCCUACUGCCUCACCGUCUAUGUAAGUUGUUCAUUCACGCAACGAACUCGAUAGAUCUUCAUCUUGGGUUAUAUUAUUACGGUAAGAGUGCAUUUGAACCUGGCCUGUUGAUCUCAGGAGGGCGAAGAGGCGACGGCGCCGCCGCCGCGAGGAAAGCAGCAGCAGUGGAAGAGGAGUGA